GGGUCUACCGAUGCAAUUUGACCGAUAAGAAGCAACAUUCACCUCUCGCAACGCACUCUUUCACUCUCUCAUGGCGCUCGUGCACUUCAUCUUCUUCCUCCUCCUCAUCCCCUUCAUCUCCUCGUCCUCUUCCUCUUCCUCCCUCUUCCCGCUCGAAGCUCGCCCCACCAUGUCCGGGUACCUCCCCAUCUCCUCCUCCUCCUCCUCCUCUUCCCCAGCGCUCUUCUUCGCCUUCUACGAAGCGCAAUUCCCCCUCUCCCCGCUCUCCUCCACCCCCAUCCUCCUCUGGCUCGAGGGCGGCCCCGGUUGCUCCUCCAUGCUCGGCAACCUCUUCGAGCUCGGCCCAUGGCUCCUCUCCCCCUCCGACGAACCCUCCCUCCGCCCCAACCCCUUCGCCUGGAACCGCCGCUUCGGGCUCCUCUUCGUCGACAACCCCCUCGGCACCGGCUUCAGCUCCGCCGCCGACGCCGCGGCGAUCCCCCGCGACCAGCCCACCGUCGCCGCGCACCUCUGGGGCGCGCUCCAGGGGUUCCUCGCGCGCAACGCCACGCUCCGCGCGCGGCCCCUCUUCCUCACGGGCGAGAGCUACGCGGGCAAGUACGUCCCCGCCGCGGGCGCCCUCAUCGAGGCGCGGAACGCGCGCGCGCCGCCGAGCCGCCGCGUCAACCUCCGCGGCGUCGCGGUCGGGAACGGGCUCACCCACCCCGCCGCGCAGGUCGCCACGCACGCCGCCUCCGCGUACUUCUCCGGGCUCAUCAACGAGCGGCAGCGGCGUUUCCUCGAACACCUUCAGGGCGCCGCGGUGAACCUGACCCUCGCGGAGAAAUGGGCCGAGGCGUCCGACGCGCGCGGCAAGGUGCUCGAGUGGCUCCAGAACGCCACCGGUUUGGCGACCCUCUACGACCUAACCAAGAAGAAACCCUACCAAACCGCCAUUGUUGGCGACUUCCUCAACAGGGACGAGGUGAAGGAGGCGCUCGGCGUCCCAAAGGAGCUAACUUGGGAGGAGUGCAGCGCGGAGGUCGCAGAGGCCAUGCACGAGGACGUGAUGAAGAGCGUCAAAUCCAUGGUGGAGGAGCUCCUGACAAAGGUCAGGGUUUUGCUGUACCAGGGGGUGUUCGAUCUCAGGGACGGGGUGGUGUCGACGGAGGCGUGGGUGAGGGAGAUGGAGUGGGGAGGGUUGGAGAGCUUCUUGGGUGCGGAGAGGAAGGUGUGGGAGGUGGAUGGGGAGCUCUUCGGGUACAUGCAGCGGUGGGGGCCAUUGAGCCAUGUGGUGGUUUCCGGGGCCGGGCACCUGGUCCCAGCCGAUCAGGGCGCCGCUGCGCAGGCCAUGAUCGAGGAUUGGGUGAUGGAGAAGGGAUUGUUUAGUAAUGGCGACACGACGACGAAGAAGAAGAAGAAGAAGAAGAAGAACAACAACAACAACAAGAAGGAAAAGGAUGAUAUAUUGAGGGGAUCUUAUCGACCAAUAUCUUUUUGAAAAUGCAGUAGCUCGCGAAUUCCUUCGCAUUAAAACUAAGUAUCUUUACUAUCUUCUACGAAUUGUAUAAUAAUGAUUAUUAAGUGAUGGAGCGAAUAAGGAUAGUUACGUAUCGCGCAUAGCAUCUUUCAGAAAAAGCAGUACCUGGGCUUUCUUCUUAUCAAGGCUCAGAUAUGUAUUUUUCUCGCUCUUGUAUGUAUGUAUGUAUACUGUAUAGUUGUAAACUAGUGCCAUUAGUUGGAGGCAUGAGUUUUCCAAACCAAAAAUAAACUAUUAACAGGUUAUUUGAUUGUGAUUA